GAAUUUAGUUCUACGGGUUCUUCAAGUGUGCUCUGUGCCCUCGUUUGUACUUUCGUGGUUUCACCGAGUCACGCGAGAAAAGUGGCCCCAGUAAUCUUUACAAUUACUUUUGCGAGAGAUACAUUGGCCGAAGCUAAUGUGUGUAGUUACCGUUCUUCUGUUUCGUCCCUGGGCCACAGUGGACGCAGCCUAGCGCGAGGGCCCAGUGACGAGGUUGUGGGCAGCCCACUGCAGUGCCCCGCACCCAUAUCUCGUCUCAGGGUGGAGAAGAUCGAAGGCGGCCUCAUGGUUGCCGGAGUGGUGGUCGCAGCGAACUGCCAGGUGGCUCUUCCGGCGUUCGGCUUCUUGUUCAUCCUGGUGGGCGCCGUUCUGACCGCGGCCUCGUACCGCGGUCCGGGGCAGGGCGAGGGCCCAGACCACUACGCCGCGCGGAUCGCGUUCACAGGCAACUCGCGCGUCCUGGGCCCAGCCUGCAUCGUCGUGGGCGCCAUCAUGCUCGCUGCAGGGGUGAUGCUGUGCAUGCUGACGAGGCGAGCUAGGAGGCGAGAGCGAAGGGUUGGCUUUCACUGCCCUCUGCACGGAGACUUCUACCCUCUGAGCCCAGUCUCGGGGUCCAGGUCCCUCGGCAUGAAAGGGAAACCUGUGUCCCAAUGGACACUCUGCUGGAGUCAGGGGACUAACGUAAAACCUGGCACAUUUGGAGGCCCACCACAGUGCCCCCACAGCACUGUGUCCAGCACUAGGAGUUCUGUGAGCAGUGCCCCGGCUUCACCAUGCCCCACACCCCUGCCAUUUCUUGUUACAUCAGGAUCCAUCAGCAGUGGCAUGGUGCCAUCUGCUGUGGCUAACCUGUCUCCCGACCAGACAUUUGGGUCAAUCCGAUCCCUGUCAGUGAGCCGGGAAGUUGCGAGUUUUCCUCUGUCGAGGACGCCUACGCCACCCCCCGCCAUGGAAAGGGAAAGGAUGACAAGCCCAACUUUGGGUGCAGCAGAUGAAUCUUCUUCCCUGACCUCAGCCACCACCAAAAAUGACCUUCCACCAGUACUUGCACCACUAUCACCACGUAAACUCCGAUCACCACAGCGAGAAAUUACAGUGGUUGCACCAAUCACCAUACAACCAAGUGUGCAGCCAUCUCAGAGCCACGAAGCAGUCAAAGCUACAACAUUUGCCAUCACAAGAGGCCCAAGGAAGUCUGUGUCGAUUGUCCUCCCUGAUGAAGAAAAUGGAUGACCACUCACAUAGAAAAGAAUGGGGCUUACAUUCAAUUGUGUGCAUUCUUGAUAAAGAAUGUUUUAAAUGUGUAGGCAAUGAAUUUCAUGUGGUAUGUGUUCUAUUAAUCUUGGUAACUUCAAGUGAAAUGCAUUGAACAUACGAAAGUGAAAUUAAAUGGAACAAACAGUGCAGCUUUUGUUGUGUUGGAAAACACGAAUGUAGGUCAGCAGUGUUUUUCAUUUUGGAAUGGAUUAGAUUUAAGGUCCAGGUGUGUAAUUGCUGCAUUGCCAGUUAAACAUGGGUGCAAUUUGACAGAGAAGGGGAGAAAUGGAUUUAUAAAAGCCAGCUGGUUUCAGUCCAUUAUGUAUGAAUUACAAUAUAUGGAGAUUAAAUGAGAAUUAAGAGCAUACAUACAUACAGCUGUGCACAUGAUCAACUCUUGCUUCAGAAUACAUUAUAAUAUAAGUAGCAGAUAUAGCUGUACUAAAAGGAAUGUAAGCAUAAUAAUUCUUUAAAUUCAUUUAAUUCCAUUGGUAAUUCACUGUUUAAAAGUCAUACAUAAUUAAAUGGCAUCCUCAGAAGAGAAAGAUUAAGAACCAACCAAUAUUAUCAUUAAGGGUAUGUUACUCUUAAGAGAAGAAGUCAUGCCCCCAAGUUCCUAAUAACAUUACCAGCUGAGGAUUCCGAGUGAUAUUUAAAGGAAAACUCAAAUGACAAUACUUAAUGAAUUUCCAUCGUUUCACUGAUUUCCCAGAAUGAUGUAAAGAAGCAUCAACAGACAAAAUUGAGACUAGUAACCACAUAUGAUUCUGUCACAUUGAUAGAGGAAUGUACCAAAACAUUUUAUGUGUGAUAUUCAGGAAUUGACUGAGCUGUUGAACUUGAUGAUGAUUGCCAUGAGUACAAAUGACAAAGAUGAUUAUAUGAGCUGGAACUUCAGGUCCAUAAUAUAUUGCGAUGAUCUAUGAUGAAAGCAUAGGAGAGAAUAUGAAAUGCAUGUAAGAUCGCACCACUGUGCUAGUAGCCUUAAAGAUCGUUUUAACUCUGAAUCCUUUACUUGUUUAGGAAGGAUCUCAUCAAUUAUGUUCUACAUGAAAUGGCCUGUCAUACAGCUACAACUUAAACACGGGUGGCUAAGCUAGACACAGUUUGAUACAGUGACAGAGCAACGUAAUGAGAGUUAUGAAAUUGUGUUAUAGGAAAACAGAAACACGCAGACUGAAUGUUGCAGCUUGUAUUGAGAUUGUAUCUUACAUUUCAACUGUUUGAUAAUUUGAUAAUCAUAUUUUAUUUCUCUUACUAUAGAAAAUAUAGCAGUACAUUUAUUUAUUUAUUUAUGCUUUCAUAGUUUUUGAAAUCUUAUUCAUGACUUAAUAUCAAUGAUACGUAAGAAAAUGUUUACAGUGAGUUAUAUUUAUAAAGUUAAAAUUUCAUGAGUAAAUAUUCAUUGUAAUACAGUGAAAUUCAAAACUUUAGAGACUGUGACAAUCACUUUGCUCACACCAAGGCUUGUACAUAAAAAUAUUUUAAAUGGUUUUUCAACAUUUGUUGAUCAUAUUUCUUAAACAUAUCUUUGAUCUACAUUUUCUAAUAUUCUUUCUCAUUUAAUGAAUGUGAUAUUGAACAUUUACAUAGAUAUCUCUAUAGCUGAAAAGGUAUUCUACAUUGUUUAAUUUCAAGGUCAAAUAAUAAAUACAUUGGAUUUCAUAUGUUAUAGACAAAGUCUAUAAUUCAGGCAUUGUAUAAAAGUCUGUAAUUUUUUGGCAAAGUAUAAAAUUAACGUGCUUUGAGUGCGUUGUUUUACCAUUUCUAGACGCCAUGCAUGAACAUGCACUCACACGCAUGCCCACACAUAAGCAAAUGCAAAAACACACAGAUGCAGGCAUAUAUGCAUGUAUGUGUGUGCCCACACACAGUAUUCUACAGAAUGUCAAGAGAGAUUUAGGUAAGUGUUAAUAGGAUUUAUACAGAAUCUUUUGAAACAUAUUGGAAAAAAAGUAUGAUAAAGUAAAUGUGUUUUUAUUAAUUACAAGCAAAGAAAAUUAAUGGAGUAAUAAAUGUGAAAACAGAAUGCGUAAGUGAUUGUCACAAUAUUACUACUUACUGAAGUCCAAAUGAAAUGGAAAUAAUAAUUGUAAAGAAAAAGACGUUGUUAUGUGUGAUAGACAGUUCACAACACCAAAGCUGAAUGACAGUCCAACACAUCAAAUUUGGAAUGGCAUUUAUGUUGACAGAAAACUUAGUUUCUAACACAGAUACUUCAUACGUAGAACAUUGCUGUGCAAGAGCAUUUCAUAAAUCUGUGGCCAGUUCCAGCUGAUUGCUGUGUAGCAACAGACCUAAGUGAUGGGUACUCUAUUCUUCUCAUUGCCAUCUAAACUCAGGGAAUCCUUUUGCAUUUAGAAAAUUGGAAUCUGGAGUAUGACCACUUUGAAAUACCACGUCUUGUGUGAAAGUGAUGGAAUCCAGCUCCAUAACAUCAUCCAAUAUGUUAUGAGCAUCUUCUUGGCCUUUAUCAGCUUCUGAAAUUGACACUUGGACACUGGAUCCUUGUUCCACUGGAGGAAAGUUGUCUUAUGACUUUUUCAUUCUUUUUUCUUAUUGGAUAAGAUUGUCUUUGACUGCUUCUUGCCGUUUGGUCACACUUUUGCUUCUACUACAUAAUGGAUAUACCCUUCAAUUUCUUCAGAAUUAAUUCCACAAAUGAUUUGAAUAUGAAUCCACAGCCUUCUCACUUAUGAACGCCAUUGUUCUCUUCUAAGCACAGAACACAGAAAUUUAUUGGCUGUCGAAAUUUGUUCCUUUUACAUGAAAUGUAUUUCUGGAGCAUCAGCAACAUCAUUAUCAUCAGCUGAACUUCCUCUGGAUCAUCUUCUGGCACACUGUUCUGUAAAGUAUAUCAAAGUUUGAUGUGUGUAGCCCAACCUUAACUUUGCUAUCAGAUAUUACCUCAGAUGGCCAUCUUUUAGUACCACCAUGAAAGAUUGUGUUCUUCAUGACUGAACAAAUCACACACAUUCAUUCCAGUGGCAAUUCCUUCAUCCUGUGUCCAUGAUGUCAACAUUUCUUCAUUGUCCUGGUUAAUCGUCUCAACACAUUCCUGGCUGUAUUGGGGUUUUCCAUGCACAGUUAUAAGUAGUGGCCAGUAAUUAUCAAGGCUUCUAACAAAUUCCUUCCCAUUGUCAGACUGCAAUACUGAUGGUGUUCCUGUCAAUGUAAAUAUCAAUUAUGUGAUAGGCUACAUCUUCUGCUGGUUUAUAACAAAGGGCUUUGAGAUUCACAAAUUUUGUGAGAUACUCUUAAUAUACCAGCAUGAAUUAUUAUCACCACAUACUGAGACUGCAAAUCAUGACAAGGUAUAUUCUUGCACAUAUUUGAAAGUUCCAUAAACAUCUUGUCUGUCCACAACAUCCAAUAGAAAUAUGUGUUCCCUGAAGCACAUAAGAUAUUUUGCUAUGCUACUCCCUUCAUCUACUGGCAAUAUAAGCUUGUUCUUUAGUGCACAGCCAGCACAUUAAACCUUUCCAGAGACCAAUAAUGACAAGGCCGCUUUCUUCCCAAGCUUUUGGCAUUGAUCACUUCUCUAACUAGCUCUAUGUAAUGUUCAAAGUUCUGUUUUUGGCUGCAAUGCAAUUACUUUUGUUUACUUCUGCUUAAAACCAUUGUUUUGUAAGUUCAGUGACUUCCGUAAUCACUAUUUUGAAAGAAACUCAGCAAAUAAUGUGAUUAAGAAGAGUCACAGACUUCUUUCAACAUGUAAUGCAUUAUAUAUAUAUAUAUAUAUGUAUGUAUGUAUGUAUGUUGCUGACUUAACAGUGAUUAUUUGGGAAGGGUUGAAUUUGAUAAAAGUCUUAAUAACAAAUGGUAAAAUAAUAAAAGUUAUAAAAGUGAAGAUAGAAAUUGUGGCAAGAAGUGGUGAUUUUUGUUUUAGAUAUUGCUGUGCAGAAUUUUAGACGUUAUCAAUUGAAAUAGAUCUAGACAUGAUUGAAUUGUGAGAUGCCCAGCUUGAUAAGUGUCUUGUUUGAAGAUACUGAUGAAUAAAGAGGAAAUUAUGAUGUGAAGCUUAAGAUCAGGGAUGUAGGUGCGAUCCAAAGUUUACAUUGUGUAACUGUAGGUGAGUACUGAUGGAGCACCCUGGUGUAUGUGAAUUCAGGGCAGUGAUUGGAGGUAUCCCAUGGAGAGAUGUGUCUUAGACAGGCAGGUUUGAGGAGUUACCCAACAACAGGAUACAACCAUUUAAGAUUAAAAUUGUUGUGUUCAUUUAACAUAAGACUGACAUUGGAUAAAAUGCCUAUGCAAACUUUGAAACCAAAAGAGUUUCUUAUACUUUUUGGCAUUUUAUACAAUUCAGAGUCAUUUUAUACAAUACAGGAUUUUGUACUUUGCCUGUAACAUGGACAUAUGUCAUCAGCAGUAGGUGGAUUUUGGUUCUGUUUAUUUUCAGUCAUGCCAAAAAUCAUAAGCAAGCAUUCAUGGUCAAACAUUUGGCUACCAUUGAAUAAAAUAUCAACAUAAAGAAUGCUCAGAGGCUCGCAUGUUACUGAGAUAUGAAACAAUUUUUAUAUUAACCCCAAACUUUUAAAGUAUUCUCUAAUGUUCUUAAAGUGAAGUCUAGUUAAUACAGAUGGUGAAAAUCAGCAUUAUUUUAAAAAAAGGCUUAUCUUUACCUUUAAUUAUUCAUGAACAAAAUUGUAUUAGUGACAUGGGGAUUGUGGAGGUUAUGUUAGUAGUUUUAUGUAUUGGACUUUCAUCGUGUUCACAGGAGGCCGUAUUUAUGUUCAUGUAUAAUAUUAAUGACAAUACAAGUUUGAUCUUCAAUUGUUUGUUAGUAAUAGAAAAUGUCCCAUUUUGUUUUGUGCUACUGGGGUUUUCAUAUUAUGUGUUUCUGGAAGUCUGAGAUUUGAAAGCCCUUAAUGUAGGUUAAGUACGUGCAUGUCUUACAAAAAUGACAUUUUGAAAAAUAUUGAUAUUAUAUCUGUGCUGAAGGAACUACAAUAUUGCUUCCCUUAACAGAAACUGGGUCUGUGUGACUUCAUGUUAUCAGAUACAGGAAAACAUUCACCUUGGUUAGACCAUACAUGCAUUCUAUCAUGAUAGUGUAAAUGAUGCUAUACUUAAUUAUCCAUAUAUCCAGUUCUUGAUAGUGUAAAAUACCAUAGAACAAAUUUAAUUAUACUACAAAAUGUUAGAAAUUAAAGUAAUGGACUGAUAUCACCUGCAUUUUUGGUCAAUGAUGUACUCCAAGCUCAACAUCUUAAUUAUCACAUAAUUAGCUUUGUUUCAGAUAUAAUGAAUGUGAUGCAUGAUUUGUGAAGUUAUUACAUUUACACCAAUGAAAAUAUGAUCUAUAAAAUAAGGCACAUGUUGCAUGUAGGAAACAAACCAGAAAUACAGGAUUGUGUGAUACAUUUCUUAAUAGAAGAGUAAAAGGUGGCUGUUGUGUCAUUUAAAAGACUUAUUACACAAAAUAAUCAUGUGUGGUCUAGAGUUUAUGGCCUUAUGAUAAAAUAUUAUUACCAAUUCCUUUCUGCACUGUCUCUUUGGGGUAUAAAGCAAAAUAGAGGAUGUGUGAAAUAGUUGUAAAAUUGUAUGCAGAUGUGUAUAAGGUACCAUUAAGUGAAAUUUCUUAAAACAACGUUCUUAUUUACUGAGACUACAGUAAUUUAAACCAGAUUUGUGUAAAUAAUAUCACUGAUGCCAGCACAUAAAAUAUGAACUAUCUGACAGAUAUGUUGCAAGACAUCACAAAAUAUUCAGAGAAAAAGUUUCACAAAUAUUAAGAUAUUUCUCUAUUAUCUCAUUUUGCAAAUUCAAAGCCACAAAUUUAAGUAAUGCUGAACAGUUAUAAAUACACAGUAUGUGUGCCAUUAGUUAGUUGUCAAUGGCGAGUUUUACAUUUCUGUGUGAUUUAUAUCAUGAAAUAAAAUAUUUUAUGAAAUUGUUUGAAUUUUGAUGUAAGGUUUUAAUGUAGGUAUGUAAUUUGCCCAUGUAUGAUGUGAUUAUGUGGUUCUUAGAAUAUCACAUACAUUUGUUGUGUUCAGUUUUUGUUACCCUUCUGGAUGAAAAAGGAAAAUCUUUUCAGCAUAACAACUGUGAUACAUUUUUUCUUUGGAAAGGUAGGAAAUCUGGGAGUUCUUGCAUAGAUGAUCAGUAUCAUAACCCAGUGUUUGCAAAAUGAAUAUGAUUCGUACUUCCUGUCACAAGAUGUGGGUGUGGAGAUGGCUAGCUUUUGGGGGUUUUGUGGAUCACCUGUUGAUAGAGACAGCAAGAACCUCUGAAAUGUUGCAAAAUUCUACCAGACUAUAUAGCACAACAGCCUAGAACAUUGCUGUCUUCUGGGUUAAGGACCUCUGAAACGUCGGUAUACUUCUACAAGACUACACAGCAUGAUAACCCGGAUGACAGCAAUGUUCAGACUCACUGCUGUUAGAACCUCAAAUCCUACUUAGAAGAUGGUGAUUUUUUUGUACCCCACCAUGAGAACUUGAAAUGUCAGUGAGAUGUUGGUUGAAUGAUGUGUGUUAAAUUUACAUCUUAGAGCUUAAAGGUACAGAAGUAACAUUCAUGUGUGUUUUGAGAUAUGAGAUUUUGACAAUACUGAAAAUGUGGAUUUGUAGUAUUUGGACAAUGAGGCUGUGUAAUCUCGCAGGUAAUUACCAAUGGAGGAAUGAAUCUUCCAGCCAUCUUCAGAGAAAUGGAAGCUAUUACAUUCCUCCAAAAUGUUGGUAAACACCUACAAGACUAUGUGGCAGAACAACCCAGAUGUCUACAAUCCAUUAAUACUUUUUUUAUUUCCCACAGCAGGCCUUCCAAUGUGUUAAGAGUAUAUGCAUAAAUAUUUGCAAGGUUUCUGUUUACAGCUUAGGAAGCAGGUCAUUUGAAUCAAGGAGUAACAAUUUCUGGAAUAAAUUUAAAAGUUUUAUGAUAAAACAACAUUAAUUUCAUGCAAAGAAAACAAAUAUUUGAUUCUGAACAAAACUGUAGCUUUCAACAGCACUAAGAAGCCUCUUUGCAUUUUGUCAAACUAACCAUGACAUAGUAAACCUUCUAUUACAAUUUUAUGAAAAUACAUUACUUAUGAUAAUUCUUUUACUUACCUCUUUUGAGAUUCUGAGGUUAUAUAGAAUGUUUUCUGAAAUUUACAACAGUAUCUGAAGUUUGUUGUUGCACUUUCUGAAGCAGUUUUGUGUGAGAAUCUGUUGUAUGUCUAGCAGUUAUGUGUAAGAAGAGAAAAUGAAACAUUGCUAUGGAUGAUAAUGAUUUAAUAAUAAAAGGAAGGAGAAUGAAUUUAUAGAGUCCAUCCUUGGCAUGGCAGUGGGUACACUGUGGCCUGUAGCUUUACAAUAUGAAGCUAUGCCAUAAACAGUGGGAAAUAGAACCCUAUCAGAUAGCAGUCAUGUAAAGUAACAGAACCAUACCUCAUACUGGAGUACCUUUCUGUUGUGCUCUGAAUGUUAACAUACAGAAAAUUUUCCAUUCACAAUAUUGAUCAUUUACUUUAAUAACAGCUCAUGGUUCAUGUUCUGAGCAACACUGCUGUAAACCAAUUUUAAAUUACUGUUGCUGCAAAUCAUGAAUUGAUUAAAAAAUAUAUUGUGCCUGGUAUGAAGAAUAAAGAAUAGGAAUGUAUUUGACUAUAUAAUUUACUCCUUAUACUAGAAUUUUAAAAGUAACUAUUGCUGAAGAUGGUUGUCUUCUGGGUUGUUGUGCUGUGUAGUAUGGUAGAAGUUUACUGACGUUUCAGAGGUCCUUGCUGCCGCCAUCUUCAGACUCACCACCGUGAAAACCUCAAAUCCUACAUAUUUUGCGGAUUCAACAUUCCAAUGAUUAUAAAUGCAACCAAUUUCUGACAUAUGUUCUAUUUGUCAAGAAAUAAUUUUACUGAUAUCAGAAAACAAAAAAUGUUAUAUAAAGUGUUGGAAAUGUCCAUCGAAUUCAUCAAUGCAUGCAUUUGGUAUUUUCCUCUUGUUCGAUGCAACCCAGUGAAGAUUUUCUGUGUCACAAAAAUGGUUUGUCAGAUGAGAUAUUUCCAAUUUCUUUGGAACAGGAAGACUGAUAAAAGUAUCCCCAAACUUAUUCUGGCAAGUUAUGUAAUAAUGAUAUCCAGGUAGUGUUCAACAAUGAAAACUUGUUACACUUCUGAAAAAGACGUUCUUGCACCUCGACUGUUUCAAUACAACCGACAGAUUGGUGUGAGCAGGUUACAGCAUGACAUAAUCUAUGAAGGCUCUUGUAUAGCCACACUAAUUUUGUGUGUGUAUUAUUCCACUCAAAUGUUAUUGAAUUGGAACCAUCAGUGUUUUAAUAUGGGUGGUGUGACUUUAAUUUGAUUUUGAUAUACUGCAUUCAUUUUACUUCACCUACUACUGAGAAGAAUAACUCCAUGGAGCAUAAUUAUAAUUGAGAAACUAAUAGUUCACUCACACAAUCAAUAAAUUUCCCAUCUUUUAUGGAAGUUCAUUAUAGUGUUUACAAGAGCUUGCCAUGGUUUCUGUCCUGAGCCACAUGAAUCUUGUUUCUUUAUUGAAGUGUUCUCUUCCAAAGUUAGGCAUAUAUCUGUAUAAAGACAUAGGGCUAUUGCAUAAGAAACUAUGUUAUGGUACUACCUUGUAUUACCAAGAAUAUGAAUAGGAGGCAAAAUAUGAAUUUGAUUACUCUUUUCCCAUUAAUGACUCGAAUUAUAUAUAUUGGUAACUUAUAAUGUAAUUAACAGUGCUAUCCUUGUAAUCAUCAGAUUGUACAUCACUUAUUAAAAUACAGUUUGUGUGAUUGAACACAGGGUUAAAUAAUAUAAAUAACAGUACCACUAAAGGAAAAUAGAUCUUACCUACAGUGAUAAGCAUAAUACUGAAUUAAUCGUGAAAUGAUGUGACAGAAUAUGUACAGUUUCAAACAUUACUCUCCUGAUACAGGCAUCUCAACAGUCCAUGUUAAGUUGCAUUUGUAAGUGAAGAAAACUUGUGAUACAAGCAUGUUGCUCAAGUUUUGCACACUAGGGUUGCACUUAAAUGCUUCAGAAUUGAGGCAGGACAGGCCCAUACUGCUGUUAGCUGAGCAAAGGAUGAGGCAUCUGUCUACUACUCCAUCUGCACCCAUUGUAGAAUGCCUGUUACCUUUUGUCCAGUUUGACCUCCAAUAUUCCUGCAUGGUGCUUGAAUAAACACAGGGACAGGUGUACUUCGGUACUUGAGAAUUACCUAGCAUGAUGAUCAGGCAGAAAGGUAGAGUAUGUUGGAAGCAAAUAAUCACUUGAUGAAAAUGUUAAUUAACUCAGAAUUAGUUUAAUACAUGUUUUAUUCAGCACUAAACUCAAACAUGCCCUGAGAGCACUGGUAAGGAAUAUAAGUUGUUGUUUUAAUUUAGUUAUAGUUUGUAAGAUUUGAUGUUAUAGUUUAUUUAAGAAUGUAAUACUAUCCUGAUAAUUUUGUUUAAUAAAGCAGGCAUAGUCUUUGGAUAAUGAGAAUUUGAUGAAGCAGCUGACUUAUAUCUCUGCAAAAGAUAACAUGUGGAUAGUUCUGUGAAUCAACCAGUUUAUGUAUUUUAGAUAUUUGAGACAGCAGUUUUCAAUUCAUAUACAUAAUCAUUAGUGUUUUCUUGGUAUAUUACAUGUAGUAUUCUAUGUUUCAUGGAAGUUGGAAUACUGAAAAUUAAAAUUAAAACUGACAAGCAAUAACAACAGGAACUUCUUUAGUACUUCUGCAGUCAGAUAGACUGUGCACAAGCUGGGAUGCAUGGAUAUCAAGGCACACAUAUUAUGUUCAUGGGUCAAUAUCUCACUUGGAUGUAAAUGGCUGUCCACACUUUCCUGUACUGUCUUACAAGAGACUAAUUCUCCAUCCAAGGAGCCACACAUGUCAGAAAUAUUCUUUCUCUCUGAACUCAUUAUGAGGUUACACAGGCCACAGUGCCUGUUCUGUGAAUAAAAUGCAUACUAAAUUCUUCAGCCAUUAUGGGUGACCUGUUUCUGUUCAGAAUUGCUUUCUGAAACUAAUAAUCUUAUAUAUAAAACUGAAAUUGCCAGUAUGUAUGCCCACUUAUGGCUUGAGAAUGGAUCCAGCAAUUUCCCCCAAACUUUUCAUGCCUGUGCCUUGAAACCAGGAACAGAUUUCAGAAUGAGUGGACAGAAUUCCAGAAAAAAAAUGUCUUGGGUUGAAGUUCCAGGAACAAAGACCACCACUGAAAAUGUUCCCUGGGCUUGAGUCCAAAGGAAAUUUGUUUUUCUAACUCAGUAACUAAGCACAAUAGUAGAAUGAUUCUGAGAACAAAAUUGUUUAUUUCAUUACAUUAACAAAAGUCACAAACCCUCCUAAAAUUGUACUGGGUUGGAGACCCAGUAAGAAUACUUUUGUAGCUUCAAAGCUAAGCACAAUAGAAGAAUGGUGCCUGGAUUUAAAUAAUUUUGGUUGGGAGUUUACAGGAACACAGGUCAUAAAACUGAAACCCAUCAUGGGUUCAGAUCCCGAUAUAUAUGUUUGGUUUAAGAAUAAUAAUUUUUUUCUAUGUUGCUCAACACUAAAUGCCAAAAGAUAAAGCUUUUGGGCAAUAAAAGUUCAUAAAGAAAUAUACAUAUUUGUUGAAUUUCCCUGCAGUAGCACUGUGGUAGUAGUUCAAAAUAAUACAUCUGGAGGACUCCUUGGAUGUGAGAUUGGCUUAUUACACGGUCUCUACCUAUACAGGAGAGUGCAAUGCAGGAUAAUGCAAAUAAACAUUCAUGCCUCAAGUGGGAUUUGAACAAACUAUCCUAGCAUUCAGUUUUUCCAAAGUCAUAUAACCAGUUACAUUAAAUGAAUUAAUGCGGCUACAAAAUGUCUGUCAUGACUUUCAGUGCAUGUAAACCUAUAUUCCAGUUUGAACAGAAGUGUUUACUGAAAAGAUGAUGCUGGGUGUGGUCCAAUGUACAAAAAACUGCUAUGUUUACUUUGAACACAAUGGUUGUGAUAUUAUAUUUUCAAUAUGGCAAAGAUGUGAUUAUAUGAAGUAUUAUGUACUGAAUUAGGAUCUUACGUUGUCUGCACAAACUAUGACUGUAAGGUAAAUGUUUAAACGUGCUGAACAGAAUCCAACAAAUAAAUGAGAACCCAUUCUCCACCACCAGUUCUAUUGGUCGUAGAAUUUAAUCUCACCAUGUAUUUUCAUGUCUGUCUACCAUUAAUAUUGCUUCAGAAUCCUUUUUACUUUACUGCUUAUAUUAAUUUACCAUCACUUCCAUAAAUCUCAAAGUGAAAGUUGGAGACUCAAAUCUGUAUAUACGAGCAAACAACAAAUAUAUGUGGGACUACAAAAGUCUCAGCUUGGCUACAAUGAUGGUGUCAUUAUCAUUAUAAUUAUUGUUGAGAUAUGUUGAUUCCAUUUCACUUUAAAAUAAACAAUCCACAAAACUAAA